AUGACACAGUGAGAUGGCACGCGAAGUCCGUACAGUGACUUGGCUCUUCAAAACUUCCGAUGGGUUCGGAGGGUCCCUACGAUGAAGAGAGGUUGAGAAACGAAGUCAUUUACCUUCAUAGUCUCUGGCAUCAAGGUCCUCCAACCCCACCAAGCCCUCGCCCUUUUUAUAUCCCAAAUAAUGCUCGACCCUAUUCUUUGAUUCAUCAGUGGAGUGUUAACCUUAAACCUCGGCCCCUUAACCCUUUUGUUUCUAAUCAUCCUAGGCCUCUCCAGCCCGUAGAUUCAAGCACAUUCAAGAAUACGGAGAGGAAGAAGAAGAAGAAGAAGCCCAUAAAAAAGAGGGACAUCAGGAAGCGGACUCGACUCGACCCCCAUAUGAAUUCCGGUGCCGAGUGGCCAAUGCCGACGCAACAUUCUGCUCCGUUGGUCUCGGGAUGGCCGCCAUUGGAGCCCUGUUCAAGUCAGGCGACCCGUCCGUUGUCAGCGGAAGAAAAGGAAAAACUUGAAGCGUUGCAGGUGCAGUAUAAGGCGCGUCAAGCUUGCCGUGAGUUUUUGGUCGAUUAUGAUGACAGUGAUGACGACGUUGAAGAUGACGAGGACGAUAUGGAUGAUGAUGAUGAGGUGGAGGAGAUAGGGAAGUUCUUUUCGAAACUAUUUGGGGAAAAUGAUGAACUGAGGAAUUAUUACGAGAAAUGCUGGGAAGAAGGGGAAUUUCGUUGUUUGGUUUGUGGUGUGGCCGAUAACAAGAAUGCCGGAAAGAGUUUCCAUGAUUGUGUUGGUCUUGUGCAACAUUCGAUGUCAAUAUCGAGGACAAAGAAUCAAAGGGCCCAUAGAGCUUUUGGAAAUGCUGUGUGCAAUGUUCUGGGUUGGGAUAUUAAUAGGCUUCCAACCAUUGUAAUCAAGAAUGAGGUGAAGCCAGCUCAGGGAGAGGGCAAGACAAAUGAUAAUGCUGCUGAUGGAAAAGAUGGUUCUUUAUCUUCUGAUAAAUUAGAUGAUGAAGUAUCCGUGGAGCAGCUUGGUGAACCAGUUAAACAGGACGUUGAAGUUGUUCAUGAGACUAUUAAACGUGUUGGUGAGUUGUGGGCACCGGCACAAGAUUCUGCUCCGGUGGUCUCAGGAUGGCCGCCAUUGGAGUUCCAUCCAACUCAAGAGAUGCAUCCGUUGUCAGCCGAAGAAAAGGAGAUACUUGAGGUGUUGCAGGUGCAGUAUAAGGCACGUCAAGCCUGCUGUGAGUUUUUGUUUGGGUCUGAUGACAGUGAUGAUGAUGGUGCCUAUGAUGACAUUGAUGAUGAUGUGGAUGAUAUGGACGAUGAUGAUGAAUUGGAGGAGAUGGGAGAGUUCUUUUUGAAACUAUUUGGAGAAAAUAAUGAACUCAGGAAAUAUUACGAGAAAUGCUGGGAAGGUGGGGAAUUUCGUUGUUUGGUUUGUGGUGUGGCUGAUAACAAGAAUGCCGGAAAGAGGUUUCAUGAUUGCGUUGGUCUUGUGCGGCAUUCAAUGUCAAUAUCAAGGACGAAGAACAAAAGGGCUCAUAGAGCAUUUGGAAAUGCUGUGUGUAAUGUUCUGGGUUGGGAUAUUAAUAGGCUUCCGACCAUUGCGAUCAAGAACGAGGUGGAGCCAGCUGAGGCGAAGGGAAAGACAAAUGAGAAUGAUGGUGAUGGAAAAGAUGGUUCUUUAUCUUCCAAUGAAUUACAUUAUAAAGCACCCGUGGAGCAGCAUGGUGAGCCAGUUAGACAGGGUGUUGAAGUUGUUGAUGAGACUAUUAAACAAGUUAGUGAGGGUGAGCCUGAUAAAUCUGCUGAUGAUCAAGUAAAUAGAGCUUCUAAUCAGAGUUCUAAGGAGGAUCAUGAUGCUCAUCACUAGAGUUGUCAUUUUCAUUGAGAUUAUACCUUUAUGGAGAAGAUUAGGAAGACCCCUAUCUGGAUAUUUUUGUAAAUUCUUCCGUUUGGUGCCAUUAGCUCGGUAGUUAGUAUAUUGGUCAUUUGCUUCUAGCUUUACCAUCACGAACUGAUGCUCAGAAUGUGAAUAUCUUGACUAUGCUAAACAUGUUAGAAGUGAGAAUACCAUGACU